CCGCAAACAAAGUCAAAACCAACGUCAAGUGCAAAGAAAACUUCACGUCACUUGGCUAAACACAAAAUACGGCAUUAGACGCACGCAGAACAGACAACACGUACACAGCGAGGGACAUUCGUACGGAGUAAGCAAGAAUAGAAGGAGAGCGCAAAAUGUCAAAUGACAAGUGGUUCGAGAUGAACCAAAGCACCCAGAAGCUGAUCGGCGAACCACCGAAGCGCAAGUUUGUUCAGAUACGCUGGAGCUCCAUUCUGGCGGUGGUCCCGACGCUCCUUUUGGUCGUGCUUUUCAUCCAAAACAUCGUCUUCUUCCACUUGAACAGGCCUCAGGACAUCGUCAAAGAGUUGGGCGCGCUGGUGGCGACUUUGCCCAACAGCACCCCGGACCGCAACUGCACCGACUUAGCCUGCCACUGGGCGCCGCUGCAGACCGCGUUAGCACAGCUGAAUGCAAGUCACGCCGCGAUUUCCAACGACCUGGAGAAGAGUCAGACCGCAUUCGCAAGGCUGAAGGCAGGUCAGGAGGCAGGUCAGACGGCAUUGGAAGAGCUGAAGGCAGGUCAGGAGGCAGGUCAGACGGCAUUGGCAGAGCUGAAGGCAGGUCACGGCGCGAUUUCCAGCGACCUGGAGAAGAGUCAGACCGCAUUGGCAGAGCUGAAGGCAAGUCACAACGCGGGUCAGAGCCUCCUGGCCAAAGUCUGGCAGGAGAUUAGCACCGACAAAGGGCUUCUGAGUCAGACACUGAAAGACCUGAAGACGGACUACAAGAGCAUGUCUCGGGCGCUCUCACAAGAGAACAAGGACUUCAGUUUGGCUUUGUCCAGCCUGCGGCAGAAGGUGGUGGAUCAGCCCACACUUAACAGGGAACUCCAUGGUCUCAUGCCCAGAGACUGCAGUGACAUCAUGGCGGCGGGAAAGUCCCAAAGUGGAGUCUAUACCAUCUUUAGCGGGUCCAACAGCUUCGAGGCUUACUGCAACAUGUGGCAGGGCGGGGGAGGCUGGACCGUGAUCCAGAGGAGAAAGGACGGCACCGUCGACUUCUCUCGGGGUUGGAACGACUAUCGAAAGGGCUUUGGACGCCUCGCCGGAGAGCACUGGCUCGGCCUGCAAAACAUCCACGCUCUGACGGCCUCGAGCGAUUACCAGUUGCGGAUCGACUUCACCACAUUCGACGGCGUCAAAUACUACGCUCUCUACAACGACUUCGCGGUGGGCUGGAACUUGAUGGACCCCGACAAGGACGGCUACCCGCUGUAUGUGAGCGGCUACUCUGGAAACGCAGGCGAUAGUUUCACCCAGCAUUCUGGGGAGAAGUUCACCACCAACGACCGCGACCAAGACAAGUGGGAUAAUGGCAAUUGCGCCACCAGGUGGGAUGGCGCUUGGUGGUACGAGUACUGUCACUGGUCCAACCUGAACGGGCUGUACAAGGCAACCGGCACCUGCAACGGUCACAAUGCAAUCUGGAAUGAUUUGGGGCCAUCAAAGCAUACCUGCCUGAGAUUCGUGGAGAUGAAGAUCCGGCCCAGAAAGUGAGCGGUCGGCCGGCGGAGCCUGGGAACGGCAUCCCCGUGGGAUCACGUGGGUGCUGCCCGACUUCACCCAUUUGCGCAGCGCUCGUCAAGUAAGAUGGCGGUGCGCAAAUGUGUGUCGGAUUUGGCCCGGGCAAAUUGG